AUUUCAAACUUUAAUGAGCAAAAAACAAUAAGCACCAGUAGCAUAAAAACCUGUUGGCAAAUAAUAAUAAGUCAAUAGAAAGCCUUAAGACAGACCAGGAUUGACAGAAGACGAGAUUGAGGAGAUAAAAGAAGCCUUCAACUUAUUUGAUACAGAAGGCACAGGAAGAGUUGACCCCAGAGAAUUGAAGGCUGCCAUGUAGAGUUUGGGAUUUGAUUAAAAGAAUCCCACAAUUUUCAAUAUGAUUGCCGAAUUAGAAAAUGAAGGAACUGAUAUCGAUUUUGAUUAAUUCUUGGAUGCCAUAACAUCAAAACUAGGAAAUAGAGAAUCUAGAGAUGGAAUCAAUAAAAUAUUUGAUUUGUUUGAUGAUGAUGGAAGCAACUCAAUUAAUUUGAAUAACUUGAAAAGAGUAUCCAAAGAAUUGGGAGAAACUAUGACAGCAGAGGAAUUGGCUGAAAUGUUAGAGAGAGCUGCCUCUAAUGGUAGAGAUAUCUCAAGAGAAGACUUUUAUAACAUCAUGGUCAAAAGAACAUUCUGACAUAUAAUUCAUUUUAGCAGUUAAUUAUUUAAUUAAAUCAUGUAAUUCUUUU